AUCAUGAAUUCUCCCAGGAGCCACUGCUUUUUCUCUUCCUGUAAGCGGCCUGAGGUGAUCUGGCAAAAUGGUUCGCUACUCACUUGACCCAGAAAACCCCACAAAAUCAUGCAAAUCAAGAGGUUCAAAUCUUCGAGUGCAUUUUAAGAACACCCGUGAAACUGCCCAGGCCAUCAAGGGUAUGCAUAUCCGAAAAGCCACCAAGUAUUUGAAAGAUGUCACUUUGCAGAAGCAGUGUGUGCCGUUCCGACGUUACAAUGGUGGAGUUGGUAGAUGUGCCCAGGCCAAACAGUGGGGUUGGACACAGGGUCGGUGGCCCAAAAAGAGUGCUGAAUUUUUGCUCCACAUGCUUAAAAAUGCAGAGAGUAAUGCUGAACUAAAGGGUUUAGAUGUAGAUUCUCUGGUCAUAGAGCACAUCCAGGUGAACAAAGCCCCCAAGAUGCGCCGCCGCACUUACAGAGCUCAUGGUCGAAUUAACCCAUACAUGAGCUCCCCUUGCCACAUUGAGAUGAUCCUUACUGAAAAGGAACAAAUUGUUCCUAAACCAGAAGAAGAGGUUGCACAGAAGAAAAAGAUAUCCCAGAAGAAACUGAAGAAACAAAAACUUAUGGCUCGGGAGUAAAUUCAGCUUAAAAUAAAAUGCAAAUAAAAGUAAAAGAA